AUGCAGCAUGUCCUGGACCAGAAAUUCCAGGAUAAGGAGCUGCGCAAGAAGCUCACAUCCACCAAGAAUGCGUUCCUGCUGGAGCACAACCCGGUGCCGGGCCGCGACGCCAUUUGGUCUAACAAUAGCGACGGCUCGGGGAUGAAUUGGCUGGGGCUUCAGCUGAUGCUCUUGCGAGAUCGCCUGAGCGGGCAAGAGCGGUGGACCGCCUGGCUGCAGCAGCACGUGAACCUCUUCACCGGGAAGCCGUUGGAUUCAGCCUGGUCAGAUUUGGUCAAGCGUGCCACCAAAGUGACCCUGGCUUCCUUUCCCUGA